GCGCGAUGGGGGUCGCUUCUGCAGCAGGCCGUGGCCGGUGUUGAGUCGCGCCUAGAUACGAUUCUAGCCGAGUCGGACGACGAUCGUAAUGCGGCGCAACCUGCAGCUGCUGCUGCUGCAACGACUGCCAGCCCAAAGGUGACGAGUUCUGCAUCGUCGACCAACCGCGCAAAUGAUCGGCUGCAGGCGAGGCUGGCCAAGGCCAUGGCUGGCAAGAAUGCGCCUGCUACGGGAGACAAUCGGGCGAAUGCCUCGCCGCGCAGCUCGAUUGAUGUGGCCAGCCGAAGCUCCAUGGAGAGACCCUCGAUGGAUAAAGGGGACAGGUCUGAGCCUCCGCCGGAGCAGAAGCCCGAACCCCAAGCCGAGUCCCCCCAAGCUGCUACCGAUUCUGCCACUACUGUUACCUCUACGACAGCGACGACUACAACCACGACAAUACCUAUAACGAUAACGGAUGAUGACACUACUGCCGAGAUUGUAUCAGAAUCCGCUCCCGACGAAGCCAAAGAUGCUAUUCCAGAGGCUGAAGUUCAACCAGCGUCUGAGGAAGCACCUUCAAAAGAGGAGGAGGCCGAAUCUCCACCCCCGGUCGAAGACGAAAUCCCAACGAAUAAUGGUCAUGAAACAGUGGCAGCGGUGGAGAAUGGAGCUGAUGUGUCCGAAUUAUCUCGCGAGCUUGAGGCGGCCAAAUUACGCCAUCGAGAGGAGAUUCAAGAGUAUGUCGAACGGAUCGACUCCUUACAGUCCAAACUCCAGUAUCUCUCCAAGAGUGCCGCCGAAUCAGCAAAUAAGACUGCAUCCUCGGCCCCGUCCGGCAGCUUGGAAAAGAAGCUAGCGGAAAAGGAUGAAAGGAUCGCACUAUUAAUGGAGGAAGGUCAGAAGCUGGCUGGAGCAGAUCACAAAUACCGAACGAUGAUCAAGACAUUGCGGCUUCAAAUAAGCGAGCGUGACAAGCAAUUGGAUGAGGCACGGAAAGCUAAGGAUAAAGCAGCAUCAGAUGCUGAGGCGUUCCGAAACCGCUUAGAUGGAGAUGAAGAGAAGGAAAAGCGUCGACAAGAGGCGAUAAGAGCUACUGCGACCCUACGGAAGGAAAUUGACAGUUUGAAAAGGGAGAACGCCAAUAAAGAUGCAGCCAUCCGCCGGCUCGAACAAGAAGUCAAGGCCAAAGAGGAGCAAGGCGAGGUUGCCAAGGCCGAUGCUUUGAGCAAGGCGAUUGCCGCAGAGCGAGUGAAGCAAAAGGAGCUCGAAGAUGCUAAUGCUGCCGUUCGAGCGGAAUUGGAGGCCCUGAGCGAGAAAGCUCGCCUAGACGGCAUAGAAUGGGGCGAGAAGCUUGAGCGCGCCGUCCAGCGCGGUACCACAGUCGAGGCUGAGCUACGCCUUGAGCUUCAGAAUAUGGAGCGCAAGCUAGAGGGUGUGCGGGUGACGGCGGAGGAGGCGGCAUCGGGCACAGGUGGCGAAGCCCAAGUGAAGCUGUUCCGGCAAAUAGAGACGCUACAGUCCCAGUAUGCAUCUGCCAGGCAAAACUGGCAGGGCAUUGAGGCCUCCCUGAUGGCAAAAACAACAACCCUGGAGAGGGAGAGAGACGAGGCUGAGCGCCGCGAGUCAGAAAUGCGCAAGAAAGCGCGAGAUGCGUCCAAACGUAGUAGGACUCUAGAGGAUGAGUUGCAAGACGCCCAGCUGCAGCUGGAUAGUUGUCGUGAAGAGUUGGCUGCACUCCAAAAGUCCACCAAGGCCACAGAGACAGCUCUCGAGCGAACACGCUCCGAUCUAGAAAAGGAGAAGCAAUCAGCAAGCAGAUCCUUUACAGCCGAGGCGGGACGACAGUGGGCCGAUGAAGUUGCAGUAGCUACAUCGCGAAACCAGAGUCGUCCAGAGUCGCCGUUACUCUCUGUCCCACGGACAUUCAGCUCCGAGGCUGUCGGAUUAUCUGUUCCCAACCGCAUACGACGAUCGCCCACUCCUGUGAGCAUAGCAGAUGCUGUAGGAGAAGGUCUUGGCAUUCUUCGGCGGCCUCCCACGUAUAUGCCGCCGACCCGCACGGGAACAGGGACAAUGUCGCUUACUGGGUCUAUUCCUCCAUCUCCAUUCUCUCCUCUGGAUCCGCCUUUGGGAUCACCUCCCGCGCUACCCCCAUCUGUAAUUGAGAGGGAGAAUGGCAUCAGCGAUACGGUCCCCUCUUCGCCCCGUAAUCUCGCGCAAGAUAUGAUUUCGGUAUCAACAGUAGCGGCGGGGCCGUCUGUUCAAUUGGUAGAACGGAUGAGUGCCGCGAUACGACGUCUAGAGGCUGAAAGAGUUGCAGCCAAGGAAGAGAUGGCUAGGGUGUGUAGCCAGAGGGAUGAGGCAAGAGGGGACAUGGUGGCCUUGAUGAAGGAACUGGAGGAGGCAAAAGCAGCAUCUGCAAGGGUACCAGAGCUGGAGAAGGAAGUUGCCGACCUGGAUACGAGAUAUCAAACCACACUGGAGCUGCUGGGAGAGAAGAGCGAGCUAGUUGAUGAGCUGAGGGCGGAUGUGGAUGAUGUCAAGACGAUGUACCGGGAGCUGGUCGAACGGACAGUA